AUGGCGUGCGGCGAUAAGGCGAAGCCGAGCCCGGUAGAGGUGGCUCUGACUUCCUGCUCUGAGCAUGCCUGCGCUGAUAGGCGUGAGACGUGGUUCUGUCCUUGCACUCCACGUCUUCUUGCGGGGUUUGGCACAUCCUGCCUCUCCCUUGCCUUCCUGCGCUGCGCGUCAGUCCGAGUGACACUCCUCAGCGGGCGAGCUGAGUAUAAGAGGGAGACAGCUCCAUGCCAAGGACUUCUGAGCUUCAGGUUGCAGCUUCCCUGCUCAGUGUAUUUGCAAAGAGACGAACUUCUUCCUGGCAUGGCUCAUGGGAAGAAGCCCUUAAAUCAUGAACUUUCUAAACUUUUCAGUGAGAUGUGGGAUAUGGAUGUUAACCGCCUUACCCCUGGGAAAGACUACACAAUUGAUUUGCAGGGAAAAGCAGGUGCCGGUGCUGGCCAGGACAGUGCAGCCAGACACCUGUUUCACGAUGUAAAUGAAGAGCGCCUGAAGAGCAUAAAGACUUUUGCAACCUUUAUUUCCUUAUUGGACAACUAUGAGACAUCAACCGGUGUAGCAGAAGUAGUGACUCCAGAAGAAAUAGUUGAAAACAAUUGUUUUCUUGAUGCUAUCUUAGCAACAGAAGUCAUGAAACUAGCUCAUAAAUAUCUGCUUAAAAAAAACCUAGCGAAGCCAAACCUUGCCGAUUUCAAAUCUCAGCUCUAUGACAUCUGGUUCCAGCUCUAUGCCAGGAAAGAAGGAGACAGACCUGAUUCUUGUGGUUUUGAACAUGUUUUUGUUGGAGAAACAAGGCGUGGCAAACAGAUCUUAGGUUUGCACAACUGGGUGCAAUUUUACCUUCAGGAAAAGCGCAACCAAAUUGACUACAAGGGAUACGUCGCUCGAAAGAACAAAACCAGGCCUGACAAAGAUGACCAAGUUUUGAGCAUCCAGUUCAGCUGGAAGGGCUCAGUCAAGCCAAUUGGAAGCACCUUUAUUGGUGUCAGCCCAGAGUUCGAAUUCGCCCUUUACACCGUCAUUUUCCUGCUGUCUGGAGAAAGGGUGACACGUGAAACAGUGAAGAUAGAGGAAUAUGAGCUCCAAAUGGUUGUUUGUCGCCAUGGGCACCACAUCGGAACAGCAUAUCCAGUACUCCUCAGCACCAGUAGUGAAGAUCAGUAA